CAUGUGCACAUGUCGCCUUGUUUGGAGCAGGAACCUCAUUCAGUGAAGAUCAGCAGAUGAACAGAAACAAAGAAGAGAUUUCUGACGUAAACUCAGAUGUUUGUUUUAUAAUCACAGAAACUCACAAAGUAUCUGCCACGAGGAGAAAAUGGCUCAGCAAGGAGUUCACCUGGACCAGGAGACCUUCUCUUGUUCCAUCUGUCUGGAUCUACUGGACAACUCCACCUUCGAGGACCAGUACUUCAUCGGAGGCCACGGGGACAACGUGGAGGUUCAGGAGUGGUCCGACAGGAAGCCGGCACGCCAGCAUGAGACCUGGGUGGGCGUUUACACCCUGAAGGACUGCUACCCGGUGCAGGAGACCUACGCCAAGAACAGCAGCGUCACCACCUCCACCCGCUUCUUCAACCUCCAGCUGGGCAUCAGCGACCCCGACGUCUUCACCCCGCCCGGCACCUGUCAGUCGGCUCGGCCCGAGAGGAUGUCCGAGUCCGACUGCUGAGGCCUCUUGAGACACUUAAGAGCAGCCACGAAAUCACUCCCUUGUCCACCCAUGUUUCACUCGCAGUGAGAACUUAAUCAGAAUUAUUUUCCCGUCGUUACUUACAGGUGUAGCGUAACAUUUUGCAUCUCUCAAAUCUGGCGCCUUGCAUUCUGAUGAAAUAAAAAAUGAAAUUAAAAAUUUUAA